AUGGAUUCCCGGGAAGCCCCACCGCAGCCUCCGCCGCAGCAGCCACCUCAGCAGCAGCCCAACAUCAUGGUGGGCCCCAAUUCCUACACCUCUCCCAUCCCCAACAACACCGCCACCGCAACCAACAACAACAGCAACAGCUCCGCCGCGAUGAUCGGCGGGCCCAAUUCGGGCCGGUUCCAGUACAACCCGGUGGCCCAGCAGCCGCCCGCAUCGAAGCCGCUGGAUGCCAUGAGCCCUAGCCCGAGCCCCUUCGACGGAUCGUUGAGGCCGUGCGGCAGCGGAGGGUUUAGCAUCGACUCUUCCACGGCCUCGGCGGGGAAGAAGAAGCGUGGGAGGCCCAGGAAGUACUCUCCCGACGGCAACAUUGCCUUGGGAUUGGCGCCUACUCAGGUUGCUGCGUCGGCUGCUCCGGUUGCGGCCGCCGGCCCUCAUGGCGAGUCGAGUGUCACCAUGUCGUCGGAUCCCCCUGCUAAGAAGAACAGGGGAAGGCCGCCGGGGUCUGGGAAGAAACAGCUCGACGCUUUGGGAGCUGGCGGAGUUGGGUUCACGCCUCAUGUGAUCUCGGUGCAAGCUGGCGAGGAUAUAGCAACGAAGGUUAUGAACUUUUCACAGCAAGGACCUCGCACAAUUUGUAUCCUCUCUGCAAAUGGUCCAAUCAGCAAUGUUACCCUUCGCCAGCCAUCAAUGUCUGGUGGUACAGUCACAUAUGAGGGUCGAUUUGAGAUUAUUUCUCUGUCAGGCUCCUACAUGUUCUCUGAAAAUAAUGGUAACCGCAGCAGAAGCGGUGGUUUGAGUGUGUCCCUGGCAGGGUCUGAUGGUUCAGUGCUGGGUGGUGGAGUUGCAGGCAUGCUAGUUGCAGCAGGCCCGGUACAGGUAAUUGUGGGUAGUUUUAUUGCGGAAGGGAAAAAAUCUAGCUCCAAUCUGCUAAAAUCUGGGACUUCUUCCCCACCGCCAUCUCAAAUGUUGAACUUUGGUGCACCUAUGACAGCGGCUAGCCCUUCCUCUCAAGGAGGAGGCUCAACUGAGUCAUCUGAUGAGAAUGGUAGUAGCCCUCUUAACAGGGCGCCACCUGUGCUCUACAGUAACCCUAGUCAGCCCAUGCAUAAUAUGCAGAUGUACCAAAUAUGGGCCGGGCAAACUCAACAGUGAAGAUCAUGCUUCUCAGUUACAUUAGUACAGCGCGUUGGAGUAUUUGACUUCAUUAUUCUUCUUAGCGGAUGUAGGGGUCAGAAUCCAAAUGCUAACAUGCAUUGCCCAAAAUAACCCCAGAGGGUUGUUUAUGCUAGUUCUUCUAGGUUGGUUUUUUCAUUAUUUCGUUCAAGGUAGUUAACAAUUCUUCAUCCCUCCAUAUGAUGAUUAAAGCAUGGCUAUGUUAAUAGCUGAUAAUAUGCGACCUGUCACUUAGGUUCUCCUGAGUUCAAUUUGGUUCUUUGUUAAGUUACUAAUUUUUCUAUUCAUAUUUCUGUGUCUAGGAGUUUCUGGACUAUGUGUAAGAGUAUCGGAAAUAUGAAAUUUCGUAGCAAUCUUCAAUAGAGUUUAUUGGAUUCUGACUUUU